AGAAAUGAUGCACUGCACAUAAUAGAAUACAUAGGGAUCUUUUAUGGUGGAUACGGAUCUGCACUGAGACUUGACCAUCGUAAGCAAUCGAUGGUUUUUGAAGCGAAUGUUAUUUUUUUUUGUCAUGCAUGUUGUAUAGAAUUGUUCUAGUUGAAAGAUUUGGUUUGAAUUGUGGUUUUUUUUUUGUAAAUUAAGAAUGGUAGUUUCCAAUGAUCUGCGGCUUUUAAGAGUGGAGCAAGGGGAAUUAUUGUAUGAAAAAUUGGAUGAGAAUUGAGUAAGCUUAUUGAUAUGAAUCGGUUAGACCCAUAUGCCAUAGAAUCAUCUUUAUUUUUUAUAUGUGAAUUACACCGAGGGAUGAUCAUGUUGCGAUAUUAAACAGUGUCGAAAUAUCAAUUGUUUGACAUUGGAUUAGUUAAAGUUCAGGAUGGGAAACUCAUUAAAUCAUUUAAUAAAAUAUUUUCAUAGUAUUCGAUACAAUCUAUGGCACGAAAAUCUUCACAUAAAAUAUUUGCUUAUUGUUCGGCCACUAAAAGACAAGUGCUUAGAACCAACAUUUUUCACUAUUCUUGAAUAUAUGUUCAAAUUUUCCUUCUGAGAUAAAAUUGAACAAUUUUAAGUAAAUUUUGUGAAAAAGUCCACAACUGUAUCUGAACAAAUCAAACUAGCAAUGGCUAAAUGUCAAAGGCAGAAUGGCGAAAAUCGAAAUCCUUUUUAGUCAUAGAUUUCACCCUCAUUCUCAUUGUGGUGCUGUACGCAUGUGUAUUAUAGUUGCCACUGACUCUAACCAGUUGUCUUUUAGUAGUCGAAAAAUCAGUGAAUAUUUUGUGGCCAGACGUUUGUGCCAUAGAUUAUAACAAAAACAAAAAAAGAAUAAUUACAUAGAUUAUUAAAUCAAGUUGUUUUUUCACAAAUAACUCCCUAUACAAUCUUAACAAAUCACCAUCCAAGUUGAGAAUGAAUUGAAUUAUCAGCACAUUCACUUUUAAAUGACUAUGAUUGUAGUAUUACGGUAUUUUUUCAUUCAAUAUCAGGGCUUUGCUCAAAAAUAUUAGGAAAACUAUUCUUCGAAUUUCCACUUGAAAGUUUGUAUAGGAACAGACCAAAAUAAAAGCGUGUCUUUCUCAAUUCAAAAACAAUAAACUAGUUGAAGAACUUACCUCAUUCGAUAUAAUUGAGAAUUUAAAAUAUAAAUAUUGAUUUAUUUGUUUUAGGCAAAAGCAUUAUCAUCAUCAAAAGUUCAAUUAGAAGAUAAUGCAAAAGAUAUUCUUAAAUUAGAACGAACUAUAGCUGAUUUACAACAACAAAAAUGUGAACAGUAUAAUUUAUUAAAACGUGCAUUAACAGAAGAAGAUCGUCGAAAACAUUCUCAACAAACAGUAACAAAAGAACCAUCAUGGACAAGUCUUUAUUCACCAAAUCUUCAAAUGGCACAAUAUUCUCAUCAUCCACAACAUUAUUUAUCAGCUCAACCAUCUCAUCGUUUAUUAGCUUAUAAACCACCACCACCACCACCACCAUCACAAUCAUCUCAAUCCCAAUCAUUUAUUCCAACAACAACUGCAACAAAUGUUAGUUCAAAACGACCACGUAGUCCAUCAUCAUCUUCAUCAUCAUCAUCACAUAUUUAUCCAUCACCAUCAGGCAAAUCAUCAAGAUCAUCACAUAUUUCACAAAUGCAUUCAAGAGCAACAAGUCCUGGAUCAAGAUAUCCACCAUCUUCAUCACAAGUUGUUCGUAAUGGAGCUUCAGGAUCAACUGUUGGUUAUCCUUCAUCACAAACUCAAUCAGCAUUUUCUGCUUAUCUCAAUUAUAUGACACCAUCAUCAGCUGCUGCUGCCGCUGCUGCUGCUGCUGCAUCAGCUUCAUAUGCUAAUCAAAUGCCACGUGUACGUGGUCCAUCACAAAUACCAAAUUAUUUGAACCCAUUAUCAUUUUUACCUCAACAAAUUGUUGAUCCAAAUCAACAACAAGCAAAUGUUUAUUCUCAUCAUCAAAUGUUAAUGUCAUCAAAAAAUGGAUCUAUUAUGAAUGGAUAUCCAUUACAAUCUCAACAGUAG